AUGGGCGAUAUCGGUAACACGCCUUACACGUAUCCUGACACUCCAAUUGGAGCCACCAGGCCACUGCGAGUAGUUUGCAUGGGGGCCGGCUACUCAGGGUUGAUGAUGGCUAUCAUUAUGAGGUCGAAAAUGAUGGAUUCGAAUCUUGAAUUCCAAAUUUACGAGAAGAAUGCCGACCAGGGCGGGACGUGGCUCGUGAAUAGAUAUCCAGGCUGCCAAUGUGAUAUUCCUGCCCACAAUUACGAGUUUAGCUUCGAACCGUUCGCAGAGUGGCCAAAUUACUAUGCGACUUCCGAGCAGAUUCAUGAAUACAUGAGAAUGGUGUUUGAAAAGUAUAGAUGCGAGGAAUUUUGCAAGUUCCAUCACAAAAUCGUCAGUGCAACAUGGAAUGAUAGGGAGGGCAAAUGGGAAUUGGGCGUCGAAAGUAAAGACGAUAUCUUCACAGAUAUUUGUGACGUCUUCAUCAAUGCUGGAGGUGUUCUAGAUAAUUGGAAAUGGCCCGAUAUUCCAGGCAUCGAGACUUUCAAAGGAAAGCUUAUGCAUUCUGCCAGUUGGGAUCAGGGCUUUGACUUCACCGAUAAGUCGGUUGCUGUCAUUGGUAUUGGUUCUUCAGGAAUCCAAAUUCUUCCCCAGGUGGCUAAGAAAGCUCGACACACAACACUCUUUGCACGAUCACAGACUUGGAUAACGCCUAGCGCCGGAAUCACUGAACCCGGGCCAGAUGAUCCAGAUGUGGACGAUGCGCUGAAUUAUUCGGAAAAGGAGCUCGCCAGAUUCAAGAAAGAUCCUAACUAUCUCCUCCAACAUCGGAAAAGUCUUCAAGACGGUCGGAUUCAAGGCUUCAAACAGUUCAUCCUCGGAUCUCCUGGCCAGAAAGAAGCAAUGAUGAUGUUUUCGGCAUCAAUGAACGAGCGCCUCGGUAAAUCUGAGAAAGGUCGACGUAUUGCCCGGCAACUGAUCCCGGAAUUUCCAGUGGGAUGCAGAAGACUCACGCCCGGACAGGGUUUCCUUGAGACGCUCUUAGAAGACCGUGUGACAUUGGAAUGGAAGAACCUGGACCGGCUUACAGAAAACGGCAUUUUGACCAAAGAUGGCAGACUCGUUGAGUGUGAUGCCAUCUGUUGCGCCACUGGAUUCGAUAACUCGUUCAAACCAAGAUUUCCCGUCAUUGGGAAGGGAAAUGUUGCCCUGGCAGACCAAUGGUCGGAUACUCCUGAAGGCUACUUUGGAAUUGCAGUUUCAGGAUUUCCCAACUAUUUCACGUUCAUCGGACCAAACUCUCCCAUCUCAAACGGGUCACUGGUGCAGGCUAUUCAAAUGGCCGGAAUAUAUAUCGCCAAAUGUAUAUCUAAGAUCCAGACGCAGUCCGUGAAAUCGAUGGACGUCACUCCUGAGGCACAGGCAGAUUUCAAUGAGCAUUGUCGCAUCUACCUUGCAAAUACCGUCUGGUCAUCAUCAUGCAGCAGUUGGUAUAAACAAGGAACCACCAAUGGUAAGGUCGUUGCGGUUUACUGUGGCAGCUCGUAUCAUUUCAUCGAAGCUUUGAAAGAGCCGCGGUGGGAAGACUACCGAUUUGAGUACCUGGGGCCAGCUGGUCGAUCCAAUCGUUUUGUAUACCUAGGAAACGGGAUGACAUUGUGCGAGACCAGAGGCAAGAGUGUGGGAGCUACUCAGACUUUGAAUUUUGAGGAGUAUUGGAAUUUGUUUAACCUGCCCAAUAUCCUAGCCUAG